UGUCGAUAUUCCUAUUUAGAUUUGGAGAAAAAUUGCUUUUGUGUUUACAUUGCAUUGUGUGACAUUUUACGAAGUGAAUUCGAGCAAAUUGUCUUUAAAAUGGCUAGCUUUGAAGGAAAAAUGUGAAAAUCGGAAUAGCAUGCUGUUAAAAUAAACGUGUGCGGCUAACAAUAAGAAGAAAAUCUCGUUUCUGGUGUAUGUGUUCGUGUGCUGUGUAUGCUGCGGAAGAGCUAAAGCUGCUGCCGAGGUAUCAACAGCAGUAAACAUAGUUGAUUAGCGCUAUCCUCCUCUUCAGUGACGCUCUUCCUUCAUCUGUAUUAGAAACGAACGACGACGUCUAUAUUGGAAGAUGUCGUCCUGGUACUAGAUAUAAAAUUUGAAACACAAAUAGUAUACUGCAAACCAACUAAUAACGAAAAUUUGACGUCAGAAGAGAAAAUUUAGCUUUUUCUGUGAUUUUCCUGCGAUAUACCACAAACGGAAGAAGAAUGUAUCCUUCUCCGUUACAUUACUCUACAAUGCGGCCCCAACCACCUGGUGCGGGGCAACAACAAUAUGACCACAACGCCGAUGAGCUCAACAAAGCAGAAUGGUAUUGGGGAGAAAUUUCACGUGAGGAAGUUAAGAACAUCUUGUCUGGCGAGCUAGAUGGCAGUUUCCUUGUACGUGAUGCCUUGAAUAAAAAUGGCGAAUAUACACUAACUCUAAUUAAAGAUGGAACGGAAAAGUUGAUAAAGAUUUGCCAUCUGAAUGGAAAGUAUGGUUUCACGGAUUGCAAGUUUAAUUCAGUAGUUGAGUUAAUCAACUACUACAGAGUAAAUUCCUUGAAACUAUAUAACAAAACUCUGGACAUAACGUUAAGCAAUCCAAUUGUAAAACCAGCGGAGGAAGAUGACCACAGUGAUCUGCGCUUUCUUGCCGACAAGUUUCUUAGUCUGCAUCAUAUGCUUAACAAACAGCAGUAUCUAUUAGAUCAAAAGAUGAAAGUAUUCAAAAAUGUUGAAGCGGAGUUAAACGAAAAGAAACAAGAUCAAGAAGUUUUCCUUAAGGCGGAAAAAAUGUUUAAAAAUCAAAUUAAACUUUUAGAAUCAUACAUAUGUACUGCAGCCCAGCCGCAGGUCGGCGGAGCUGGUACAAUAACAAAUGCUAAUGGCGGCACAAGUGGAGGGAAUGGAUCGUCUGCACUUCGCCAGCAGGAUCUCGAAAAGUUACAGGCAAACGCUGCGUUAUUGAAAAUGAAGCUUCAUUCUUUGUGUACAGAAAUGGGGAAAUUAAACCGAUAUGUAGAAGAUAAGAAGGAAGACUACAAACGGCUUGAACGACAAAUUAACGCAGCGAAACCAGAAUUGCAAGAGUUAAGCGUAGAAAAAGAACGAACAACAGAACGUCUCAUGGAAGCUGGCAUUAAAGAGGAGGACAUCAUUCAGCUCGCUGAAAUGGGUUUCGAAGCCUGGCAAAAGAGGUAUGAAAGUCGGACAAAUUUGCCGCAUAACAACGAUUCUCUCUGGUUCCUUCGCGAUUGUUCACGUCAAGAGGCUGAGGAAUUACUGAAGGGUGCCCCUACAGGCACAUUCCUUAUACGUGCUCGUUCUGCUGGUCAUUAUGCAUUGUCUAUUGUUUGCAAGAACGUCGUAAACCAUUGCAUUAUCUACGAAACGGAAAGUGGAUUUGGCUUUGCUGCUCCUUAUAAUAUUUAUGUUUCUCUGAAGGAACUAGUGGAACAUUAUGCCAGCAAUUCAUUGGAAGAACACAACGACACGCUAACCACGACGCUGCGAAUUCCCGUAAAGUAUUGGCAUGCCAAUAAGGAAUCGCUAACGAAGCAAUUGGAAGAAGAACUGGAAUUGGAACAAUUGCAAAUUGAAGAAGAGGAGCUGCAGCAUCAAGCCGGACAAGAACAAGUACAAUUACAGUUGCAAUUACAGCUGCAGCAACAGCCAUCGUCUGCGAUUCCAAUACCAGGCAGUGAGGCACUAGAUGUGCAAACACCACCCUCUUCGUUGAAUUCCGUCUCUGGUGGUAGUGUCGCCGGUGGCAGUUUCAGUGCCAACCAAAAUCAUUCGCAACCAUAAUAAAAACAACAGUAAAUCGCAUCAGUGUGGAAGCUUGCAGGUCAUGCUUAAAGCAUUUGUGAUUGUCGAGCUUCCAUUCGCAAUCCCAGGCCUACUUAGGAUUUAAACAUAACAUUCGAAUGCGAAAAAAUAAGUUGUAUUCUAUAUGUCCAACUUUUGUGAUGUGAUGAUGUUGCAAUUUUAUUAAGCAUAGCAUGGGUAAUUUGUUGAAAGCAUGGCUAUUUUGCCUAAUCCUUUUCAAAUUUUAGGUGUUAUCUGUAUAGCUAGCUUUAAUGUUAGUUCAGGUGAAACGACACUGCUUCAUAAUUAGUCUCUUAGUCUAUAAAGGCAGUUAUGUUUUGAUGUGAGCGCUGUUGUCACAGUUAUCAUGGUGUCGUGUGUCUUAGGCCUAGGCCACGCAAUAAGCGGCAAAACGGCGAGCGGCUGAGCGUCUUAAAAUUAAAGCAUAUGAAAUACUUUUGAAGUGGCCACGCACUGAGCGGCUGAGCGGCAUUUAUGUAUGGCGCCUUUCAGCUGCUCAGCCGCUCGCCGCUUUGCCGCUCAUUGCGUUGCCUCGGCCUUACGGUGAUCAUCAAAAUGGUUAUAUAAAUUAUUGCUAUACAGAUAAUUGUGAAGAAAAAGUAAUAUUGAAGGGAAAAGGAUAAUGUUGUUUUGUAUUUUUUACUAUUAAUGUACUUUACUUUUACUUAUACGAUGAAGAUCUGAAAGUAAAGUCGCCAUGUUCUAUGCAAAAAAUGGGGUGAAUAUGUAGUUUUGCAAAAUACAUUUCUAUCGUGAUAUGUUAACCUGUUAAAUUUAUACAACAACCUGAAGUCAACAUAUGGUAUAAAUAUGUAUAACAAAAUAUCUUGAUGCAAUUCAGUUUAAUGAUAAACAUUAAAUGUUACUCUCGCGACGGCGUAUCUCUAUGCUUUACUAUACAUACCUUGCCGCUUUUUAUUUUCCUCUGUAUUAGAUGCUAUAACUGUUAAAAAAUCAACCCUAGGUAUGCCAUAAUAAAUCACGAACGGCUGUUAAUGCCAGUAAGCCAACAAAAAAAAAAUGAUAAUAAUUGGAUAAUUCGAAGUGUAUUGGUCUUAGGAGAAGGUACGAAAUUAAUUUUUUAUUGCAAAUAGAAUAAGUUUAUGUUAUAAAAGCUUGCUGUGAGCGAAAAUAUUUUACUUUGUAAAUAAAGAUAACUCCUGGGAUGCAUUCGACAACCGAAUAAAAAUGUGUAGAGUUAUUUAAUAAUUGUUAUGUUAAGAGAAUCGUCAAUCUUUUGUCAAGUUUUUGUUACGAGUACCGUCUAAAAUUUACCUAUAAUCUACUCUUUUUUUAACAUUUUGUAUAUUUUUGCAUUAAACUACUAAUAUAAUUAAAUUUACAUAAAAAAAUUAAUAUUUUUUUUAUGUGUCGUGCCACUGUUGAAUUGUGCAUACGCAUAUUUUUCGCCCCAUUUUCUUUUGACCUCCAUACGUAUUUCCUUCCGAACUUACAUAUGUAUUCCUUUUUUAAUUCUGUAUUUGGUCAUAAUAGCGGAAAAGAACUGCGUAACAAACAGGGUAUGAAAAGUAGUGGGCGAAAAUAAAAACCAAGUUAUUGCUUGCUGUGUAUAUAAGCGGUGGAUAUGUGCGCUAAAUAAUACAUAGUGCAUAUGUAUAAGUAAAUAGUGCAUACAUAUGUAUAUAAAUGUUUUAUAUUUUGUAUGAAAAUUUGCACGAAUUGAACAACUUUUGACUGUAUUGUAUACUUAUGGCUAAGUUAAUACGAAUAAACGAAAACUAAAAAUUUUUG